UAGCUAGCUACUCCAACGGAAUAGAACAGUGGCCAAAAUGUUGAUAAAGGUAAAAUGCGGUGGGACCAAGAAAUAUGUUAAAAUGGAAGAAGUCAACUUCUCAGACUUUAUCAGUGCAGUGCAGCAGAAGUUUCUCAUACCAGAAAGUACACCACUAAAAGUCACAAAUGAGCAAGGCAUAGAGGUGGAUGAGGAUGUCUUUCCAGAACUUGCAACAGCCAAAGAAGUCUGUUUUGUCAUCUACACUGAUAAUGAUGCUGCUGUCCUGCAGCAAGAAAGUGAAGGGCCUUCCUCUCCAAGUUUAACAGAUACAUUGUCAAUCUCAAGCAGUCUAAGUAGCAACACAAGUGAUGCUGGAUUUCAAAUGAUUCAACCUGUCAUGGAAUUUACCUGUGCAAGAAAUACAGUGGAGCAGAUUCUUACUUCCAAGCCAGUGGGGAUGACUGUGAUCAAAGAGUAUGAAGACACUGGGAGUUUGAAAGAUUCCACCAGGCAAUUAUUGGUGAACAUCAUUGUAGCUCACAUGCAUGAAAAGGAAGGGAGAGCUGUAAGUAAAGCAACGAAGGAAUUUCACGCCUUUGGGAUUGUGUCCCUCUUCCCAUUUUUGAAAGACCCAUACUCAAAAAAGGGAUAUGAACAUUUUUAUGACAUGCAGAGCAACAAAGGCUUUAUUGAGUGGCAUAUAAAAACUGUGCAUCGUCAGUCCAAAACCCCAUCUGCAUCCCGUAGCAGAGUGGAGCUAAAAGGAGGUCCCACAUUGGCAAGAAUGUCUGGAUCCAUAGAUGACCAGCAAACAGGAGAUGAAUGUAUGGAGGCCAUGUCUCUUCUUCACCACAUCACUGACCGUGACUUAGUCUUCCAGAAGAUGAAAGAUACAUUCCAUUAUCGGCAAAAGAUGCUCCAUGACCCAAAGCAAUCGGCAGACAUACUUCAAAUGUUUCCUCGUUUUUUGGACACUAAGGGACAGAUUUCGCAAGACUUCUCGAUGAUGUUUGGAGCAGAGACUGCUUCCAGGUUCCUGGAAAAAUGGAACACCAGUUUUAAAGACAAAGUCAUUCAAGAGGCCAGGACCCUCAGAGGGACGUCUCUCCUGAAAAAACAGCUGAAAUCUGCCCUGAAUGAAGAAUCUGACACUGCUGACGAGCCAGAGUGGGACAGCGACAUGGCAUCUCUUCUUGUAUUGCUCCAUCUGCUAACUCCUCAACCAGCUGGAAGGAAGCGGCCCAGAAAGAUCAGUGUUGGAGAGGCAACUGAUCAUUUGGUUAAAUUUCACAAGUCAUGCCAUGGCCUUGAAGAACACCUCAUGACGAUCGAAGGAAACCCUCAGCCGUAUCUGCUGGCCACAGGGACUUCAAAAGCACAGGUUUUCAGCUUCUACAUAGUCUUGGAUAGAAAACUUCUUCCAUGUCAGUCUUCUACAUCCCUGGGCGCAUUUGAUGAGCUGUUCAAGUCGCACUUUGUUUUCAGUGUGCAAUAUGAUGAUGCUCUGUUGAGCUUGUACGGAUUCCUGCAGACUACUCUGUACAAUAUUGAUAUAGGGACAACAGAAGAAACUCCAAGAGUCAAAGAGUUAAGAGCAAAGCUGUUAAACAAGCAGUAAUUUGCUAAAGCAGCAAACAUGUUCAGAUGUAUCCUUUGUGCUUCUUCCUUUGAUACAGCUUUAAUUCUGUUCAGGCACCCCAAACUAAUUCAUGCAAUGUACCCUGGAAAAAAUUUGAGACUAAAAUGUGGUCAAAUAGGAUGUUGCUUGCAAUUUUCAAGUUAUUCUGGAUUUAGAAGACAUCUAAUUAACGUGCAUGAUCCUACUGACAACACAUAUGUACCUCAUGAAACCCCUUCUAACUGUGACACUCAAGUGUACAAUCAUUCUCAGUGCUUAAAUGACGAAACACCCUCUACUUCAUCUCAGUGCCAAAAUGUUGAAGCAGGCCCUUCAGUUUCAAAUCCCAGCAAAGACAUGUGUGCCUCCAUCAUAGCCAAACUUUUGGCAAGCGGUGUACCCAAUACUGUAGUUCUUUCUACAAUUGAAAAUGUACAGGAAUUUGUGGAAGAUUUGCAGUCUAAUAUUCAGGACCAAGUAUUGAACUUACUUCCAGCUGACAAUCCCUCCAGAUCAGCCGUAGAAGAGCUAUUUAAAAGCAUGGACAACCCUUUCAGCCAGUUUAAUACGGAUAGCAAAUGGAAGAAAUAUUUUGUGAAAAAAUGGGAUAUUGUACAGCCAGUUGAACAACGCCUAGGAGUACGGUAUGAUACCAGACGAAAUAGCAACUCUGGAACCUAUGAGCAAGUUCCAAUCAAUGACAAGUUCAUAUAUAUUCCCAUACUGAAAACACCAGUUCAUUUUCAAGAAUGAGAGUAUUUGUGAGAUGAUGCAAACAUGUACUCAGUGUGACAAAUAUGAGGACUUCUGUGAUGGAAGCUACUUCAAAUGUCAUCCUUUGUUUUCGAGUAGUAAAUUAGCCCUUCAAAUCCAACUGUACUAUGAUGACUUUGAGUGUGCAAAUCCACUAGGUUCAAAAAAGGGGAUACAUAAAGUUGGCUGCUUUUACUUUAUCCUUAGAAAUCUUCCCCCCAGGGAGAAUUCUGCCUUGAUGAACAUUCAUCUUGUGUCAUUGUUUCAUGCACAAGAGGCUAAGAAAUACGGAAUUGAUGAAAUAUUGCAACCCUUAGUAAAGGACUUGAAAAUAUUAGAGACUACUGGGGUUGCAGUACCAUUUGCUGAUGUUCCUGUUCUUGGUACUCUUGCACAAAUUACUGGCGAUAACUUGGGUAUGCAUACUAUUCUUGGGUUCUUGGAGUCAUUUAGCGCAAAUUAUUACUGUAGAUUUUGCUUAAUUGAUAAAUCUUCAGCUCAGUCAAUUUUCUCA